GACCACACCUACUGUCUCAUAGAGGGUACAGGACAAACACUUCCACACACACACACACACACACCAUGCUGCCGUGCUCCAACUUUAAUUUUACACGCAGGAAAACUCCCACGAGCCGGUUGUCGUAGCUACGUCUCGCCCUCUGUGGACUUAACUGGAUAUUCCCGACAUUUUGUUUGUCCAUUUUUCCUCUUCUUCACUUUUGAAUCGCUCGUGUGUGUGAGGACACUUGAAGAUCUUCUGCAGUCAAACAUGUUGCAAAGCUUCGCUCAGUCGCAGGACUGGCUCUCCAGCGAGCCGCUGCUCUUUGACGACGAGUUCUGCCAGAGCCUGAUGAAGGACCUGCAGUCGCUGCCGACGCCGCCGCAGUCUCCACCGAUGAAGAGCGGCCUGGGCGGCGCCAAGCCGCUGUCCAAGGAGGACCAGCUGAGCUACGUGUCGGACAUCCUGCUGGAGGACCACGACAUGCAGCUCAACUGGAACUGCGACUUCUUCCGCCACUCGGCUGCGGCGGAGAAGGAGGGUGAGCCCAGCCAGCCGUGCUCGCCGCUGGAGGACGGCGGCGAGGACUGCCUGUGGCACUGCCUGGUCGCAGACAAGAGUCUGGAGGAGAAGCUGGUCUCGUCUGUGCUGGGCUCCAGCCCGCUGCUGUCGGACAUUGACACCAGCAUCUUUGAGGAGAUCGCUGGGUCCACGCUGGACUGCCAGAACCUGAUGGACACGCAGGAGACCAGUGAGGCCACGUCGGACUACGGGUCCACCGGCGGCGAGCUGUCCAACUUCUCAUCCAGUGACUCUGAAGAAGAAGAAAUCGACGUGGUGACGGUCGUGCGCUGUCCCUCUAGCCCCUCCCCCAUGCCCUCAUUGGCUGAGCUUUCUGUGCGGCAGCAGAAGCGGGAAGAGGAGCAGCGCGCUCUACAGCGCCACCACAUUGAGAUCCAGCUGCAGCACAACUACGCGGCGCCUUGUCCGGCCUCGCCGCCGCCGCCGUCCUCCUCGUCCCACAAGCGGUCGCGGGGCGGCGACGGCUCUCUGCGCUUCCACCACUCGUCCCGCAGCUCGUCCUCCUCGUCGUCGCGGCUCCACCACCACUCCACCCGGAACUCGGCCGAGGCGGAGGACGAGGAGGAGCGGCGGCGGACGCACAACGUGAUGGAGCGGCAGCGGCGUAACGAGCUGAAGAACUGCUUUGUGCGCCUCCGCGACAACGUUCCCGAAGUGUCGCACAACGAUAAGGCGUCCAAGGUGGUGAUCCUGAAGAAGGCCAGGGACUGCAUCUACAGCCUGGAGGACGAGUCGCACAGACUUCAGUCCCGCAGAGACAAACUGAGAGCCCGACAGGACGCGCUCAAAGCUCGGCUGCAGCAGCUACGCAGCUAAUGCUCCUCCAACGUCUUUGUUUUUGCUUUUUGAAGAGACGAUGAGCGUGGGCUGGACAAAUGAAAGGACUGUACAAAGACAGAGGACACGGUGUUCGUGUUACGCCGAGGAAAGCGCACAAAGUUUGACAUUUCAAAGACUUGUGUGACGCUGCGUGGACAGACGGACAAACACGCGGAUCAUUGUCACGCCUCGACUGCUGACUGUUGUAGAACGUUUUUAAUGUUUGAAGUUGAAACAAGGACAGAGGAAGCUAGUAUUUAAUGUAAAGUUCUUUUAUUUUCCGCAGGACGCACACUGAGAAGCAAAGAUGAUGGAAUCAUUUCAUGGUCAGAGUAACUCGUAGACGCCGCCGCCGGCGCCGCCGCUGCUCAGUAGCUGAACGAAACUUGAAUGUUGUUUUUCAGGAUGUCUUCUAUUCAAUUAUAGCCAUACUAACCAGAGAUCCCUCCACUCUGACGUCCGUGUGAAUGGAUCCACCAGACGAUGGCUCCCCAGUGUGCGUCUGGCCCUCAGGCUCGGACCCUCGGGGCCCAAACACCACUCUGUAAUCAGGUUCAUGUGUGUCAGUGACGGGAACCCUGUAACCACCAGGUCUGAUACUGUCACCCGUAACAAGGCUUCGGCCGCUGUUCAGUUCACCUCCGAGUGAGUGAGUGAGUGAAUGAGUGAGUGAGUGAGUGAUGUUUGGACUGGAAACCAAAGUUUCUGUUGCCAUGUAAACCACUCACUCUCCCACACCAAAGUCCACAGAGAAAACCUGAGGCGUGGAGCUGUUGAUCCACUGCUGCCU